CCGGGUUGGUUAGGGCUCAGACCUGCCCUUCUGUAUGUUCCUGCAGUAACCAGUUUUAGCAAAGUAAUUUGCACCCGACGGAACCUGCGUGAAGUCCCGGAUGGUAUCUCCACCAACACGAGGCAGCUUAACCUCCACGAAAACCAGAUCCAAAUAAUCAAAGUGGACAGUUUUAAGCAUUUACGACACUUAGAAGUUUUACAGUUGAGUAGAAAUCACAUUAGGACGAUUGAAAUCGGGGCCUUUAACGGCUUGGCAAAUCUGAACACUUUGGAGCUGUUUGACAAUCGUCUGACUACCAUUCCAAAUGGAGCUUUUGAAUAUUUGUCAAAACUAAAGGAGCUUUGGCUGAGGAACAACCCUAUUGAAAGCAUUCCAUCCUAUGCUUUUAAUCGCAUCCCUUCUCUGCGCAGACUGGAUUUGGGGGAGAUGAAAAGAUUGUCCUAUAUUUCAGAAGGAGCUUUUGAAGGGCUUUCAAACCUUAGAUAUCUGAACCUUGGGAUGUGCAACCUAAGAGAAAUCCCCAAUCUUACUCCACUUGUAAAGCUAGAUGAACUAGACCUUUCUGGUAACCAUCUUUCGGUUCUCAGGCCAGGGUCAUUUCAAGGAUUAACCAAUUUACAGAAACUGUGGAUCAUGCAUUCCCAAAUUCAGGUGAUUGAGAGGAAUGCCUUUGAUGACCUUCAGUCACUUGUGGAGCUUAAUUUGGCACAUAAUAAUCUAACUACGCUGCCUCAUGACCUUUUUACACCUCUACAUAAUUUGCAAAGGAUUCAGUUGCACCACAACCCUUGGAACUGCAAUUGCGACAUUCUUUGGCUUAGUUGGUGGUUAAAGGAGAUAGUCACUACAGGCAGCACAUGCUGUGCUCGUUGUAGCACACCUCCCAGUUUAAAAGGUACUCACAUUGCUGAGUUGGACCAGAACUAUUUUACAUGCUAUGCCCCGGUGAUUUUGGAGCCACCCACUGAUCUGAAUGUUACAGAAGGUAUGGCUGCUGAACUCAAAUGUCGGGCAUCAACAUCAUUGACUUAUGUUAGCUGGAUUACACCAAAUGGAUCCAUAAUGACUCAUGGGGCUUACAAAGUGCGAAUUUCUGUGCUCAAUGAUGGCACACUAAACUUUACAUCUGUAACGAUGCGAGAUACAGGAUUGUACACAUGUAUCGUCAGUAACUCCGCAGGGAACACCACUGCCUCGGCGACACUGAAUGUGACUGCAAUUGAUAAUGGUUAUACUUACUUUUCCACUGUCACUGUAGAGACUAUGGAACCAUCUCAGGACGAGGCCAGGACCACGGAACAUCAUGUGGGUCCUACACCAGUCAUUGACUGGGAAACUACAAAUGCAACCACCUCUCUAAUGCCGCAGAGCACAAGGUCCACCGAGAAGCCCUUCACCAUCCCGGUUACGGAUGCAAAUGGUGGAAUGCCAGGGAUAGACGAAGUUAUGAAGACCACCAAAAUCAUCAUUGGCUGUUUUGUGGCCAUCACCCUUAUGGCAGCUGUUAUGUUGGUAAUUUUCUAUAAGAUGAGGAAACAGCACCAUCGGAAGAACCAUCAUGCUCCUACGCGGACUGUUGAGAUUAUUAACGUGGAUGAUGAACUCACAGCUGACACGCCCAUUGAGAGCCACUUACCCAUGCCCGCAAUAGAACAUGAGCAUUUAAACCAUUAUAACUCUUAUAAGUCCCCUUUUAAUCACACAACAACAGUGAACACAAUAAAUUCAAUACACAGCUCAGUGCAUGAACCUUUAUUGAUUCGCGCAAACUCUAAGGACAAUGUACAGGAGACGCAGAUCUGA